UGACGUUGCGCACGGGAAGAUUUGGGGCUCUUGGACCCCAGAGUCAGACUGCGCUUGGCCUGGGCCCCACAACUCUCCCAGGACUCCACCGGGGCCCGCAAGCGGGGUCAUCAACGCCAGCAGAACGUUUAGAGCACUGAUUCUGUCGGUAUCUUUUGGGGAGUCGAUAAAAAUACACCUCUGACGUACUGCAUCUGAAUAAUCAGGAGAAUCUGUGGUUUUAGCAGACUGCACAAGUGAGCUUGUCUGGCCACUGAUUUAGUACUGUACCUCCAUUUCACACAUAGAAAAAGUAAGACCCAAGAAGGCAUGGACUUUAUCCGAAGUCGUUAGGCCCCAGAACCCGGAGCUGCCAGCAAAUGCCUCUUCCCCACUUGCUAGCGCAUCUUGAUCCAGCCAAGAACGCCACAGCAAGGAAUAGGGUCUUGCCUGCCUGUCUCACAGAGCCAUGGGGCUGCCCAGGAGCUGGAGGACAAGCACCCGGAGCCCCUCCGGGUAGCUACUACCCCGGACCCCCCCACGGUGGAGGGCAGUAUGGGAGUGGGGUACCCCCUGGUGGUGGAUAUGGAGGAGGUCCUGCCCCUGGAGGGCCUUAUGGACCACCAGCUGGUGGAGGACCCUAUGGACACCCACACCCUGGGGGGCUCCCUUCUGGAACUCCAGGAGGACCCUAUGGUGGCGCAGCCCCAGGGGGCCCCUAUGGUCCACCACCUCCAAAUUCCUACGGUGCUGGACCUUAUGGACAGGGACCACCUCCUCCAGGUGGCAUCCCUCCCAAUGUGGAUCCCGAGGCUUACUCCUGGUUCCAGUCAGUGGACUCUGAUCACAGCGGCUACAUCUCCAUCAAGGAGCUGAAGCAAGCCCUGGUCAACUCCAACUGGUCCUCGUUCAAUGACGAGACAUGCCUUAUGAUGAUAAACAUGUUUGACAAGACCAAGUCAGGCCGCAUCGACGUCUACGGUUUCUCCGCCCUGUGGAAGUUCAUCCAGCAGUGGAAGAACCUCUUCCAGCAGUAUGACCGGGACUGCUCGGGCUCCAUUAGCUACACAGAGCUGCAGCAAGCUCUGUCCCAGAUGGGCUACAACCUGAGCCCCCAGUUCACCCAGCUCCUGGUCUCCCGCUACUGCCCGCGCUCCGCCAAUCCCGCCAUGCAGCUGGAUCGCUUCAUCCAGGUGUGCACCCAGCUGCAGGUGCUGACCGAGGCCUUCCGGGAGAAGGACACAGCUGUGCAGGGCAGCAUUCGGCUCAGCUUCGAGGACUUCGUCACCAUGACAGCCUCUCGGAUGCUAUGACCAGCCCACCCGCAGAGUGGGGAGCGCGCCAGUUGACGACAUUUCCUGGCUUCUAGGGUGGGAGAAGCAUGUGGUCCUCUCUUCCUUUCCUGCCCCUCCUAGAAAAAGAAUUCUCCCUUGCAUGAUGCAGCAGUGUUCCCAAAGAGUGCUGGGAGUCUGUGUCAUGGCCACCAAGUAGCGGGGGCCUCAGCUGAGGCCACACAGGUAGGGCCUGACCAAGGACUGCAAGUUGAAUGUCCUUAUAUCCCUGAGCAUUUAAAUGGCACAUCCUUGCGCCAGUUGCGAGAGAUGCGAGUCACAGCCGUUAGUGUCCAGUUGGCUGGCUCCAGCCUCUAGCCUUUCCUUCUGUGCCCUGAUGCCAGUGGUAAGUAUUCGUCAGCCUCUUAGCAUUAGCACCUGCAUUCCCUCACCUGUGCUGUCUUGUCAAAUGAACCCCAUUUCUCCAAAGCAGUAUCUGACCAGGGUAGGGGUGAGAGAUCUGCCCAUGGGACCAGUGGCUUGGAUUCCACCCCCACAAGGCCGUGUGUGGUUGACUUCUAGCUGCCCAGGGGUUGUUCCUGCUCAGGGAACUUGGGCCGUCUGCUCUCUGGGCAUCUUUGGCCAGGCAGCUCGGACCCCUCACUUGCCUGCGUCUUCUGCUUGGCUUCAGUCUCCAGGGAACAAGUUGCCACUUCCCACUGCCAAUGCUUUAUUUAAUUUGUGUGUUUUUUUUUUAUUUGGGGCCAAAAAGCUCAUGACACCAUAAGCUUCAAUAUAAGAAUAAAAUUCUGGAGUUCCAUGUUUUUCACCACACUUUC